AUGGAGGCCACAGCGCUCUGCAUCACACUGUGGAUGACGGUGUUUCUGCAGCUCUGUGAACAGAAAGUUGUUUCAUAUGCAGAUGUUUGGAUCGAACCAUCCAGACUUCAAGUCUUUGAAUACGAGCCUUUCUCUUUAAGAUGUGUGGGCUUCGAUGGUUUGACUGAUGUGAACAUUUCACGGUGGAACAAAGCAGGAAAGGAAACUUGUGACGGCUCAAAAUGGGGUUCAUUGAAUGAGACUAAUUGCAACAUUAAAUCUCCUUAUAAAGAGGACAGUGGAGAUUACUGGUGUGAGGCUGGAGGGAAGAAAAGCACCUAUGUGAACGUCAUUAUCACCGCUGGCUCUGUGAUCCUGGAGAGUCCUGUGCUUCCUGUGAUGGAGGGAGAAUCUGUGACUCUGAGCUGCAGGAACAAGACGACCACUUCCUCCAUCCUGUCAGCUGACUUCUAUAAAGAUGGCCGCCUCAUCAGGAGUAGCCAUACAGGAAACAUCACCAUCCAAAGGGUUUCUAAAUCUGAUGAAGGACUCUACAAGUGCAGCAUCUCUGAAGAUGGAGAAUCACCAGAGAGCUGGCUGGCUGUCAGAGCUGUUCCCUCCUCGGAUCACUCCCUUCUCGUCCUCCUCGUCUUAAGGACUGUGUUCACCGUAGUGAUGGUGGCUCUGCUGCUGCUGCUGGUGGGACUGCUGCAUUGUGGGAAACUCAGGGUCACACAGAAAUAACUCAUGUAAAAAGAUCAGAGAUAGUUUGGUCAUCAAGAUAAAGAACACCACGAGCCGAGGACAUGAUCACUUCUUCAGCGUUGUAUCUCUUCUUCUGCUCAGGUUGAGUGUGAGGUAACUUCUCUGUGUCUCAUGAUGGUACGAGCAGCAGCUGUUAGACUUUCUCACACUCGAGACAAAGUUAAAAACCACAGAGGUACUGACUGACACAUGCAUUUAUUUUAAAAGGCGAGCUGAGGGUAGGUUGUUCUGAGUUUUAUUUUAGACUCCACAGAUACUGGUGAUACUUUUCAGCUUCUCAGACACAACCCGCAGAACAUAUUGUAUGUAAAUGGGAGUAGAAGAGGCUUUGUAGAAACAGCAAAACGUGUAUGGUUUUAUUGGGUAACUGAAGGGGUCAACAACUCACAAAUCAAUUUACAAAUACAAAAUGGUAUUUUUAGUAUAUUGUUAAUUUAACUGACAGGACAUAUAUACAGAAACAUAUUUGGAAGUUGGUAUUUCCAAAAGAAAUAUAAAAACUGUACAUCGGCAUCUGAACUUUUCAAAUUAAAAUACAAUUUGAAAUUGUUUUUAUCUUCAUAGCAGAAAAUAUAGUGCUGUAUUAUAGUUUUAACGUAUACAAUGACAACAAUACACGAUUCAUAAGUUCUGCAAUGAUCGUAUGUACAUUUCAAAUCCAGUAAACUCAAAGCCUUUUAUUUUGUUAAUUUCCAUAUUCUCACCUUUCAUAAGAAUGUUUUGACUGAAGAA